GUACUUUCUGUAAGUCUAACUUUCAAUACUCAAAUAAUUUUCUAUCAAGGCCUUAUUUGUGAUCCUAAAUCAUGAGUUGUUUUUCGAGAUCCAACAACUUAUUUAGAAUUUUUUUACCAAAGAAAAAUGUUGACAAUGUCAAAACUAAUUACGUUAAUGCCAGAAUUUGCGCUGCGUAAAGAACUUCUAUCAUGCGUGCACUGUGCAGAGUACAAAUGCUUAAGUGCGGAAAAAAAAAAAAGAGAGUACAAAAGCUCUUACCUACUGAAAUUUUGAUAUCAAUAAAAAUGUUUCAAGACAGAAGACAAGAAAUGUCAAAAGGCUUCAUUGUUGGGAUUUAACAGGAGUUCGGUGAUACCCACAAAACGAGAAAUUUUUGGAUGCCCUGGUCAACGUGGUGUCCGAGCAACACAUCCAGUUCAUUCAAAAGUGUAUUAGACGGCUCAGAUUGAAACACUCUCUCAUCUUUCUUUCUCCAUAUAUAAACCGUUCAAAAUCAAAAUGGACGGUCCGGAUGCGCCAAGCAGACACCACAUUGUACCUGCUCAACAUUGAAAAUCUUCUCCCACAAAACACACAUAUUGAGAUCCAAUACUAAAUAAGUAUAAUCACAGAGAAAAACAAGAGUGACACGAGAGACUUACGUGGUUUGUCCAAAAACCAGGUUACUCCACGGUAAGAGAUAAUCCACGAUAUGAACACUAUGAGAAAAUUACAAUAGUUAUGAACCCGACUCCAAUACCUGGGCCCCGGAGUUAUACUCACUUCCCCACUCAUCCGGUGUCGAUGGGCCCCGCUCAUUAGUAUUUUUCUUUUCCCUCACAGUGCAUCCCGCAAGUAGCUGCCCCAUCUCUACAUCUCCAUCUCUACCUGCCUUCGGUGUCCAGCAUAAGCGGGUAUCACGUAGUGUCCGUUAGGUACAUUCGAGCCGUCCAAUAUACUUUUGGACGGCUCGAAUUGGAGAGAGAAGUGUUGGGAUGAGAGGAGAGAGAGUGUUUCAAUUCGAACUGUCCAAAAGUAUAUUAGACGGCCUGAAUGUGCCGAACGGAUACCACGUGAGAUAUACCCACCCGGCACAGAAAAAUUUCUCCAUGGAUGUCAAUUUAACCCAUCUCUAUCGAGCAAUCUCUCAGUGGGGCAAAUUCAACGCUCAUUAGUCUCAUUUGAUCGUCUAGCUAAGGACCAAGCAGUUUUUUUUCUAAAGCCGGCCCUAAUCGUUCCAUUUGGUUUGGGGCUGGCAGAAAAAAAGAUUCGUGAGACAAAAGUCAUGAAUAGAAAAGAGAAAUGUGGUGGUAUUUUCUUUAUUAUUAAAAUUUGGAGCCAUGUGGUUUUGUAAUGGGAAUCUGCUUUUUAAAGAAAAAUAAUCUCUUCUUCUCAUUUUUUUACGAGACAAGAAAUCUAAUCUAUUCUAUUUUAAAGGAUUGGGGAUGGGUUAAGCGAGGUUUGAACCUUCAACAAAUCGACGGAAGUAUAAGGUGCCUACCGUCGAGCUACCACCCACUUGCAAAUAAUAUCGUCUUUGUCUUCAUGCUUCUUCCAUUAUCUUUUUCUAUUAUCGGUUCAUGCUUCUUCCUUACCUUCACAUAUUUGCGUGUAGUACCAAAACUUUGUUAUGCAAAGCCAAACUUUUGUGUAGGGUUAUAAACGAACUGAGCAGCUCACGAGUUCGGCUCGGUUCGUUUAGUAAAUGAGCUGAUUGAACUCGAGAUUUCGGUCCACUUGGCUUGUUCAACAAAAGCUCAGCUCGUUAAGGGAGACUCGAUUAAAGAGGCUCGUAGUAAACGAGUCGAGCUCGAGCUCAGCUCGGCUUGGCUUGUUUACAAUCCUACUCUUGUGAGGUUGUAGUAUAAUUUGUUCCCAAGGCAAAUAGGAUCGUUUCUAUUAAGGUAAAUUCAAUGUGAUCAAAUGUUGAUUGAUACCUGAUCGACAUAAUUUUUGACAUAAUUAAAGUUCUUAACGAACUCUAAAUAAACAUUUCUGAACAUCAAAAUAGACUUCCGAAAGGCCCGCGAAGCAAUUACUUGAGAGUAUCCCUGGCCCUUAUAUACUGCCUUUACUCUGCACGCGAUUAGUAGAAGUGUAGAACAGAAAACUUGCCCCUCUGUUUCAAGAAACAAAGCUCCAAUGGCGGAACAAAAACAAACCCAGAAGCCUCAAACCAUCAACCGCCGUUUAGUACUGUUUCCAGUCCCUUUACAAGGCCACAUAAACCCCAUGCUUCAACUAGCCAGCAUCCUCCACUCCAGAGGCUUUUCCAUCACGAUCAUCCACACUCACUUCAACUCCCCCGCCAAAUCCAAGCACCCUCACUUCACCUUCCUCCCCGUCUCCGACGGGCUUUCGCCAACCGGGGCCUCGCGGGACGACGUUGUCUCUUUCCUCAAUCUGCUCAACUCCGACUGUGUCGCCCAGUUUCGGGACUGUUUGGCUGGAUUAUUAAAAGAUGGCCCGAUUGCUUGCUUGAUAACUGAUGCUAAUUGGCACUUUUCGCAAUCGGUUGCUGAUGGGGUUGGGAUUCCGAGGAUUGUUUUGAGGACUAGUAGUGUUUCUUCUUUUCUGGUUUAUGCUGCCUUGCCCAUGCUGCGGGAAAAGGGUUAUCUCCCCAAACAAGAUUCCCAACUAGAAUCACCAGUGCCAGAGUUAGCACCACUCCAUGUCAAAGACCUUCCCUCAAUCACAACAAACAACUCCGAAAACUUAUACAAGCUACUCAGCAACAUGGUGCAACAAUCCAAGGCCUCCUCAGGCCUAAUUUGGAACACUUUUUCGGAACUUGAAGAAUCUGCACUGAUCCAAUUCCACGAACAAUUCCCCAUCCCAAAUUUUCCAAUCGGUCCAUUUUACAAGUCCUUUCCUGCCUCGUCAAGUAGCCUACUAGCCGAAGAUAGGAGAUCCAUAUCCUGGCUAAAUACCCAAAAACCGAAAUCCGUGUUAUACGUGAGUUUCGGAAGUAUUGCUGAUAUGGGUGGAAAUGAGUUCUUGGAAAUGGCAUGGGGUUUAGCCAACAGCAUGCAGCCCUUUUUGUGGGUGGUUCGACCGGGAAUGAUCCGGGGUUCAGAGUGGCUCGAGGCGUUGCCAAGUGGGUUCAUGGAGAAAGUUGGGAACAACGGAUGUAUCGUCAAGUGGGCCCCGCAACAAGAAGUGCUAGCUCAUUUUGCUGUAGGAGGGUUUUGGACUCAUAACGGGUGGAACUCGACGUUGGAGAGUAUAUGCGAAGGAGUGCCGAUGAUAUGUUCGCCUUGUUUCGGGGAUCAGCUGGUGAAUGCAAAGUAUGUGAGUGAUGUUUGGGGGAUAGGGUUGAGGUUUGAUAAAGGGGUGGAGAGAGGAGAAGUGGAGAGAGGGAUUUGGAGAGUGAUGUUGGAGAGAGAAGGGGAGGAGAUGAGGGCGAGGAUUUUGUGCUUGAAGGAGAAAGUGGAUGCAUGUCUCAAGGAAGGGGGAUCUUCAUAUCAGUACUUGGAACAAUUAAUUACUCACAUUUUGUCUUUCCAGUAGGAAUAAUAUUUCCGGGAAACAGUAGGAUUAAUAUUGUUCUUCUGUUUGUGGGAUUUUUUUCCCUGACGGCAAGGGGUAUCUAGGCUAGCUUGCGCACUUCACAGUCUGAUCAAAGACGGACCUUUCACCCUGAAACUUUUAAUGUUUUGAUGAUUAUGUGGCUAUUUUUUUUGAGUUCUGUGUUAUGGCUGCCAAUUGCUGGUCUAGCCAUUGAGAUUAUUGAGAUUAAAUAUGUGCAUUUAAAUGUGAGUCCUUUGACAGUUAUAUA